CUCUCUUAUUAUGUUAUAUAUGAUAUAUCUAGAAAUUUACAGAUACAUAUAAAUCAGCGUGUUACUUUCCUGAAUACUUCCAAAGUUGCAACAUUUCCGAGUGGGUGUGAAGGGGCCGCCGAGGCUGAAAGGACAGAUUAUAAAAGCAGCUUCUGUCUCCGCUCUGUGUUAUUUCCCUCUACAGGCGUUACUGUCCACUCUCAGGUUUCUCUCGCCGACGUGCUGACGUCACAGCACGGGUAUAAAGCGCAGCGUCACCUUCGCUUUACUCACUGCAGUCAUGACACAGCGUCGCUCUCCGCACGUCUCUGUGGGCGUCCUGGGCAUCGCUGCUGGCUCUCUUCUGCUGUUGGUGAACGGCUAUGCCAGCUCCCCAGACAAAGACUUCAUCCCCCACAAUGCACUGGGCAUUCUGCUUCUCAUCAUCUCAGCCCUCUUAGCAUAUACAGGUGUCUGUCACAGUCUGUCCCACACUCAGCUGUUUUCGUCUCUGUGCCUGACUGUCUCUGCUCUGUGGUGUGGCUCCGGUCUUGUUUACAUCCUGGUGGGACAGGAAGUGGUGCAGCCCACAGAGCUCAGGGCGUCCCUGGUCCCUGGUCUUGCAGCGUUUACCUUGGCUCUGCUCAUCAUAGGCAUCGUUGAACUUUUUCUAAAGAAAGUAGUGUUUGGUGUCUUAGCUGUUGGGAUUAGCCUAGCAUGUGCCCAUCAAAUUUCCAGUCUGUCUGCUGACUGUCAGUCAGCCAUGGCCUCUAACUACCUCCUGGUCUGUCUGGUUGGUGUUUACUAUGGUUUUGGACACCUGCUCUCCAUUAUUACCCAGGGUAAAGUGAAGCCUCCGGGAAUUAGUCUGACAAAAAAAACUGGACUGAACAGAGAUCAGGACCAGAGGAGCAGUGAUGCAGUUUCCGUAGGUCUGGUGAUGAACCUGCUGUCGGCCUCCGUCAUCGCCUGUCCCCUGUUAGGUGUGGUCCCUCGGCUGUCCACUGGACAUGUCCCGUGGCUGUGGACGGCCGGUGUCGUCCAGCUCGGCGUCUGUGCCGUCUGUUACAGAGCUAUGGACACACUCGCCGCCACUUUUUACGGCUUCACUGCUCUGUUAAAAUUUGCAGAGGGUUAUAGCGCCCUCUUGUCCUUCUACUCAAUACAGCCUUUGUCUGCAGUUCCUUUCCCUGUUGUGUUUUCUGUCUUGUUUUUCAUCCUGGCCCUGUUCAGCUGUCAGGAGAGUUUACUGGAGGGACUCCACCGGUCCUUCUUUGGAGUUUAUUGCAUUGCCAUCGCAGCCCAACCUCAAGGCUUCCAUCAAGCAGGAACCCAAGGUGUCCAGGCGGCUAUGUUUGUUGUCUCUGCCAUAAUGCUUUUAGUUACUGCAUUUAACAUGGUGUCAGGAACCAAGAUCCCCACAGGUCAAGGCUAUUUCAAGGCUUUAGUUGACAGGAUGCAGGGUCUUAGUCUCAGGGAACAUGAUAAAGAGCUGCAUACACCCCACCUGGGCUACUCUAAAUAUGCCGACGCGGAGGUGCUGGGCCAUGCCUGCAACGUGUUGGCAGCGUUUGCUGUCACAGCUACCGCCCGGGACCAAAGUCCUCUGUCGGUGCUGGUUCUGCCCUGGGUGGUGGUGGCUGGCGGGGUGCUCCAGCUGCUCUGCGGCUCAGUAGCAUUUGCUCGUGGUAAAACUUUCGAGAGCACGGUUUUUAUCCUCUACGGGAUGAUGUGGAGCGUGUGGGGGUUGACACGAUACGGGGGUUUGUACGGGGAUACCAGAGGCUUCAAUGUGGCCGUUGGCGUCAUGAGCUUUAUGCUCUUCAACUGUUUAGUGACAGCUGCAGCCUUGUUCUUAAACGCUGCCUGGUUCGUCUACACCUUCACCUUCCAGCUCAUCCUCGUUAGCUUCCUUUUGGACGCAGUGGAUGCUCUGCCUUACGGCUAUGACAUCGGCGUCACCGUCAUUUUCGGUCUGGUCAGUUUUUAUUGUUUCCUGGGCCACAUAUUCAACAGCACCUUCCAGUCCCCGCAGAUCCCUUUAGGAAGACCCCUGGUUAAACUAAGUGGAGUCGGGGGAGGCUCUCAAGUCUGUCCACACCUUCCAGCUCGUAAGGUCUCCUCCGUCCAUCAGAUUGCAGAGAUCAUGCAGAACGGUGGCAUAUGUGGAAUGCCUACUGACACCGUCUAUGUGCUGGUGGCUGCGUGCAACAGGCCUGAUGCGGUUGUCAAAGCUUACAAUGUGAAGAAACAGGCUCAGGAUCGACCCAUGUCCAUGUGGAUCUCCUCCAUCGCGCAGCUGCAGCCGGUGCGCCACCUGCUGAGUCCCCUGUUGCUGGACUUCAUGGAGGCGGCCUGGCCUUCCUCUAUUAGCAUGGUUAUACCCAGAGGUCCGUGGAUGGAGGCUUUCGGUUUGGGAGAUGCUGCCAAACACAUCGGUACUCCCCAAAGUAUUGCUCUCAGAAACCCAGACUGUGCCGUGGCCACCCACCUCAUGAAUCUGGUGGGACCGAUUGCUGUAACUUCUGCCAAUCCUACGGGCGAGGCCGACACAACUCACCACAACCAGGUUUACGCCAAACUAGGAGACAAGGUGGACGGUGUUCUGUGUGACGGCCCGUCCCCAGAGAACAUCGCGUCCACUGUGGUCGACUGCACCAAGAUCGAGGCGGGACAGAUCGGUUUCUUCAGAGUGGGCCUCAUUCCUAAGUCGAAGGUUCUUCAGAUCUUUGAGGAGGUUCAGAGGAAACACAGACGAGGGCAGAACAACCCAGCGUUUGAGGAUGAGGCAGAACCGACAGAUUCAAGGGACGACCUCGGUUCAUAAGAGGUGUACAGAUGGAACUGUAGUUCCCAGUGAAAAAAAAAAUCUUGUUAAUGAACAUGAUGAAAAAAAAAAAGUUUUUUACUGUAAAGUAUAUAAGUUUUAAUUCUGUAAUUGAAUUAUUUCUUGUUUUUUUGUUAUGUAUUUUCUGCAUUUAAUUACAAAUGUGUUAACUGUUGCAAUAUGUGGAAAUUAAA